CGCUCGCCCGCGCGGCAGCGGGUCUCAAGAGCGGAGAGCUUGCAAGGGCCUUCGUAGGUUGCGGCGGCGCUGGGGCGGUGAGGGUCGGCCGACAGUGGUCGGGCUGCGGGCGGCUCGGGCAGGUCGCGGGCGCCACAGACAUCCUCCCUCUACUGGGAAUGGAUCUAUGCUGCCACUCCUGGUGACCUCAGCACGCUGCAUCACUGUCCUGUCCACGUGCCACGUUGUGGGCCCAGGAGAGGGGGUCCCUGGGUAGCAGAGUGCCUGGCUAUAUCUCUGAGAUCUCUAGUGUCACAGAGUUGAGCUGAGGGUCUCACUCGCCCUCUGACUGACCCAGCCCUUGAAGGUGGAAGAAGAAAGGUGCCACUUUGGCAUGAAGAUAGACUCACUUAGACGCCAAUCUUUUAAGCUGAGUGCAUUGUGAUUUCCAAUAAUUGAGGCAGUGGUUCUAAAAGCUGUCUACAUUAAUGAAAAGAGCAAUGUGGCCAGCUUGACUAAGCCGCCAGUGUGUACAGCGCGGGCAGGACGGCACCGGGUCUCGACGGACUUGUGCAUGUUAGCAGUAUAGAUUUAUGUAAGGUGGUUUAAAACUCUGGUCUUUUAAACUAGUCUUAAUUGCUCAUAAUAUGGAGACAUAUGAGAGUCCCUCUCCUCUCCCGCGUGAGCCCUCAGGAGAAGCAAUGAUGGAGAACCGAGCUUGCCCCUUCCAAGUGCUGCCCCAUGAACAGUCUCCACCACCUCCCCUGCAAACGUCCAGUGAUGCAGAGGUAAUGGACGUUGGCUCUGGUGGUGAUGGACAGUCCGAACCUCCUGCUGAUGACCCAUUCAACUUCUACGGAGCUUCUCUUCUCUCCAAAGGAUCCUUCUCUAAGGGCCGCCUCCUCAUAGACCCGAACUGUAGUGGCCACAGCCCGCGCACUGCCCGGCACGCACCUGCGGUCCGGAAGUUCUCCCCUGACCUUAAGUUGCUUAAGGAUGUAAAGAUUAGUGUGAGCUUUACUGAGAGCUGCAGGAGUAAGGACAGGAAGGUGCUGUACACAGGAGUAGAACGCAGCACUCGGCCUGAAUGUAGCCUCCUUAGUCCUGUCAGCGGGGACGUGCAUGCUUGUCCCUUUGGCGGGAGUGUUGGUAAUGGGGUAGGCCUAGGGGGUGAGAGUGCAGAUAAGAAGGAUGAGGAAAAUGAGAUGGAUCAGGAAAAGAGAGUGGAGUAUGCAGUGCUCGAUGAGUUAGAAGAUUUUACUGACAAUUUGGAGCUAGAUGAAGAAGGAACAGGCGGGUUCACGGCUAAAGCAAUCGUUCAAAGAGACAGAGUGGAUGAAGAGGCCUUGAAUUUCUCCUAUGAGGAUGACUUUGACAAUGAUGUGGAUGCUUUACUAGAAGAAGGUCUCUGUGCUCCCAAGAAGAGGCGAAUGGAGGAAAAAUAUGGUGGAGACAGUGAUCAUCCAUCUGAUGGAGAGACAAGUGUGCAGCCAAUGAUGACCAAGAUUAAGACAGUGCUCAAAAGUCGUGGCCGUCCACCUACAGAGCCGUUGCCUGAUGGAUGGAUCAUGACUUUUCAUAACUCUGGAGUCCCUGUAUACCUGCACAGAGAGUCUCGAGUGGUCACGUGGUCCAGACCCUACUUCUUGGGAACGGGAAGCAUACGGAAACAUGAUCCUCCUCUAAGCAGUAUCCCCUGUCUACAUUAUAAGAAAAUGAAGGACAAUGAGGAACGAGAGCAAAACUGUGAUCUUGCCCCCAGCGGAGAGGUGUCACCUGUCAAGCCCUUGGGUCGAUCUGCAGAGUUGGAUUUCCCUUUGGAAGAGCCUGACUCCAUGGGUGGAGACUCAGGAUCCCUGGAUGAGAAGGACCCACUGGGGGCUGAGGCAGCUGCUGUAGCCCUGGGACAAGUGAAGGCUAAAGUUGAGGUGUGCAAAGAUGAAUCAGUUGACCUGGAGGAAUUUCGUAAUUACCUGGAGAAGCGUUUUGACUUUGAGCAAGUAACUGUGAAAAAAUUCAGGACUUGGGCUGAGCGGCGUCAGUUCAACCGUGAGAUGAAGCGGAAGCAGGCCGAGUCAGAGAGGCCCAUCCUGCCAGCCAACCAGAAGCUGAUCACUCUGUCUGUGCAAGAUGCACCCACAAAGAAAGAGUUUGUCAUCAAUCCCAAUGGGAAGUCUGAGGUUUGCAUCCUGCACGAAUACAUGCAGCGUGUCCUCAAGGUCCGCCCUGUUUAUAAUUUCUUUGAAUGUGAGAAUCCAAGUGAGCCUUUUGGUGCCUCCGUGACCAUUGAUGGUGUGACUUAUGGAUCUGGAACUGCAAGCAGCAAAAAACUUGCGAAGAAUAAAGCUGCCCGAGCCACACUGGAAAUUCUUAUCCCUGACUUUGUUAAGCAGACCUCUGAGGAGAAGCCUAAAGAUAGUGAGGAACUGGAGUAUUUUAACCACAUCAGUAUUGAGGAUUCACGAGUCUACGAGCUGACAAGCAAGGCUGGGCUGUUGUCUCCAUAUCAGAUCCUCCAUGAGUGCCUUAAAAGAAACCAUGGAAUGGGUGACACAUCUAUCAAGUUUGAAGUGGUUCCUGGGAAAAACCAGAAGAGCGAAUAUGUUAUGGCAUGCGGCAAACACACAGUGCGCGGGUGGUGUAAGAAUAAGCGAGUUGGGAAACAAUUAGCAUCUCAGAAAAUCCUUCAGCUGCUGCACCCACAUGUAAAGAACUGGGGGUCCUUACUGCGCAUGUAUGGUCGUGAGAGCAGCAAAAUGGUCAAGCAGGAGACCUCUGACAAGAGUGUGAUAGAGCUACAACAGUAUGCCAAGAAGAACAGGCCCAAUCUUCACAUCCUGAGCAAGCUACAAGAAGAGAUGAAGAGACUGGCUGCAGAGCGGGAGGAAACUCGGAAGAAACCCAAGAUGUCAAUUGUAGCAUCUGCCCAGCCUGGUGGUGAGCCCUUGUGCACAGUGGAUGUAUGAGGUAGGCAGCGUGGGCCAGCAGUGCUACCCAGGAGACCGUCAGCCACACAUCAUCACUCUGCAGCACCAGGCCGCCAACCUAAGUUCCUUCCCUGUGGCAGUGUCUGGGCUCUGGCUCUGGCACAUGGGGACAGCUGUGACCACACAGUACACAUGCAAAGAAGCAGUUCUGGACAAGCUGCUCUCAAUGUGACUGGAUAUACUUAAGGAUCAGUUAUAAGUUAACUGCACAAGUGGAAGCUGAUAAACAGCUGUAGAUCCUGCUUGUAUCUGCUGCAGACUGUUUUUAUGAAAGUUUUCAUUAACUUUAGUACACUAUAUGCACUGACAAGAAGUAACACUUUGUUGAUAGAUGAGAUGACCAGGUUUUAUAGCUUUGGCUGGCCUAUGAUGCCAGGUAGCUCCUUUGCUAUGGUUCUUUCUGGUGUAGCCACUGAGACUUGGUCAGAAGGUGCAGGUAUCCUGGCCUGUAGUAUUACCUGCUUUGUGUGUUGCCCAUUUUCUUCUGAAAAAGUUAUAACAGAAAGGAAUAUUUCAGGCUAUUUUGGCUUAAAAUAAAAUUUUAGCACCAGAAAUAUUCUUCAGAGAUUGCAGUGAAGAUACUGAACCGUCAAGAUAUUGAGUGUUAGUCUGGUUGACCCUUUUUCUUAUAAAGUCUUAAUGUCCUAACAGCCGUCUUCUGGAUACUGGAGCUUCUACCUUCGAUAAACUCCAGCAACAAUUUUUUACAGAGAUUUUUGCACAAUCAAGCCCAUCUGUUCAUCAAUUUUUAAAGCUUUUAUGAUGUUUUAAAAUUUGGAAAGAAACUUUUACAGUAAGAAUGAAAGAUUUAGAAUCAUGCAUUUCAACAGAUUGACAUGUAUGAAUAGGCAACAGGGGCUUUCAGUGUAACCCAUCAAUGACAAAGCUGGCUGGCACAUUAUACAUAAGUAGUUAUGGCUUCUCUUGAUCUCAAGGGUAGCUGCUCUGUGCAGCCAGGCCUGAUUUCAGGUGGUUUUUGUCUACCUGCACUCAUUGGAUAACCCCUGUAAAUGGGUAUUGAGUAGAGGUGUAUUCAGAGUCCUAGUCUUGGUCAAAUGUUGGCCCAGUACCAUCAGGGGGGCUACACUCUACAGUCUCAGUGUAUCUCUCUCACAUGUACCUGAAGAUACAUGGGUGGCAUGUUCUGUCAGAACAGCAACUGUGUGCCUCCCAACAGCAUCUUCCUCCUCCCUAAUCAUGUGUGACAGCAGUUAAUGUCUGUGUUAAUCUUGGCAAAAAGAACCCUCAAUUAAGUUGAUAGACUUGGGCACUUGAUUGUUUUCUGCCUCCCAUUCAAUGUGUUCAGUCUUUUGACUAACCAUUGCCCUUAAAACAGACUUGACAUUGAAAAAGCAUAUGGUAAUGUUGGUAUCUCUGCAGCCUCACCGACCCAGACCCAGGCACUGUCAACUACAGGUGCUGCUACACAUUCCUGGUCUCUUAUGCCCUUCCUGUCUCUUACAGGUGGGUGUGUCUUACAUGUAAAGUCAUGCUGCAAGGGGGGAGCCUGUGCUAAUGCUGUUUCUGUGAGUUGGCCAAGGCUGUAGGGUGUACCCUGAUGGUCUGAACACAUAAAACUGUCCAAAAGGGAA